UGCCCCCCACAAACACAACCUGCUCCACAACUCUCUCACCACCAUCCUCCUCGACGGAGACCAAGGGAUGAUACUCCACUCCCUCCUCCCCAUCCCCCUUUUGCUCAUCUUUCUUCCCUUCAGUGAUGUCGACGAGCGCGGAAGACGCAAUAGUCGAGAGCGUAGGCACAACCCCAAAAAGGGACGCAGCACGACUCCUCACCAUCGGCGUACACUCACCCGUGCCAAGUCCCGAAUCCAUACUAUUCUGCCUCUUCGGAACGGGCGCAGUAACCCCCUGACCGCCCUCAGAACCACCACUUCUUCCCAACAGGGCGCUGACGGCCGUUAAAUCCAAUCCCAAAGCCUGCGCGUUCUCAGGGGAAGCACGAGAAAGCGACGUAGAGGCUCCAUACCCCUCAUCAUCUGACGCCUCCUUAGCAGCCGACGGAAUCCGUGCACGUGCGACAGGACCAACAAGGAUCUUCUCAUCAACACAC